AUGGUGCUGGACCCGGGGGCGGCGGCAUGCGACCAGGGCCGUGCCGUGCUGGGCGCCAGCCCGCGCGGCCAGAGCGCGGCCUCGCGCCUUCUGGAGCGCGAUGGCUUGCGGCUCUUCUCCUGCCCAUCCCCGCCGCAGCUGGGGCCGGGCGGCGCGCAGCGGUGCCCGCGGGGGGCCGCGGCCCGGCGGUUGUCAGAAACCGCUGCCGGGAUGCGGCGGAGCGAGAGCACGUGCGCUGUGAACGGCGGCAAAGCCCGGGGGAGGAUGCGCGCCGCCUCCUCGCUGCCCCACAUCGCUCGGCCGCGGGCCGAGGAGGGCGGCGGCGUCCGUCGGAGCCCCUGCCUGCUCGUGGCGCUGCGGCCCCGCAACGUGGAGGCCGAGCGGGAACGGUUCUUCCGAGCGCGCUUCGCCUACGAUCCGCAGUUCGAGUACGCCGAGCCGCUGCCUGACGCCGUGCUGGACAAGUACCGCGCUGCCUCCGACCGCUUCGUCGCCCAGGCAAUUAGGAUCAUUCAUGCUGUCCUGGAGAAGUAUGGGACCUAUGAGAGUUUUGAAGUUGCCACUGGAGGAAAACUGCUGAGCAAAUGCCAAAUCUGGUCUGUUAUCCGAAAGUACAUGCAGAAGGAAGGCUGUGCAGGAGAGGUGGUGGUGCAGCUUACCGACGACCUCCUGUCCCAGGCUGUGAUGAUGGUGGAGGACAACCGGCCGACACUGGCAAUCAACCUGUCUGGAGCCCGGCAGUACUGGCUGGAGGGCAUGCUGCGCCAUGAGAUAGGCACCCAUUACAUUCGAGGGGUGAACAACACCCGCCAACCCUGGCACAGCUCUGAGGGCCGCAAGCAGUACAGCCUGAAGCCUGCCAACCCCACUGAGGAAGGGCUGGCGAGCCUGCACAGUGUCCUCUUCCGAAAGCAGCCCUUCCUGUGGCGAGCAGCCCUGCUCUACUACACCAUCCACCAGGCCAGCCGCCUCUCCUUCUCCGCCCUCUUCCAGGACCUGGAGCAGUAUGUCCAGGAUGCUGGGGUGCGGUGGGAGUACUGUGUGCGGGCAAAGCGAGGCCAGACAGACACAUCUCAGCCAGGUUGUUUCAGUAAGGAUCAGGUCUACCUGGAUGGGAUUCUCCGGAUCCUGCGACAUCGUCAGACAAUCGACUUUCCAUUGCUGGCUGCGCUUGGAAAGGUGUCCUAUGAAGAUGUGAAUCGCUUGAAGAAAUUUGGGGUCCUGGAGAAGACCCGCAUUCCCCAUUUCAUGCAGGACCUGGAGCAGUACAUGAAGCAGCUCGACCACAUCAUCACCACCAACAGGCUGAACGAGAAGGAGCUGGAGCAGCUGCUACCUGACUGAGCAGAUUCUGGCUCGCAGUCUUGGGACCCCACUGGUCCUUUCAGCCACUGCGCAUGUGCCUGAGCGCAGCUCCCCUGAUGCCUGGCUGCCCUGGGCUCUAUUUAUUUGAUAUUUAUUGGGGUUGUUGAGCCAAUCCUCGCCUGGAGGAAAUGGCACAGCUUAGGCCUCCGUCCACUCUACCCAGGAGGGCUGUGGGGGGAGGUGGGGCAAAGUGCAUGUACCACUGUGUAGGAUAGCUUGGCCAAGAAGUCUGGCGUGGUUGUUGUUGAUGCUCCCCCUGCCUCCCCAGCUCCAUGUGCGUGUCAAGGGCAGCUGUACUCUCUGCCGGCUUUUUCAGGAGCAGGCAUAUAAGAUGGUUCAGAGGGACGAGGGCAAAGCAGGUGAGCCCAGAGUAGGCAUAGGGGACUGUGCAGGGUCGAUCACACUGGGGAGAGCAUGGGGGACCUCAGGGUGCCAUGGGUGUUGUCAGGAGAGGCUCUGCUGUAUUCAGGGCCAGCAAACAGGCUGGUGGCCUGGGACCAAGGGCUAGCCUGUAGCCAUGGCUCAGCUCUACUCACAAGCUUCCCGCUCACUCACCACUCCCCUCAUGCCUUCCUCCAGCAAUGAGACUCUAACCCACCAAAAAAAGAUCUCUGCUCUCCUUCCUGCCCCCCCCCCACCAGAUAUUUGCCCUGUCCUUGCAGACUGUUCAGCACCUCAAAUAACUGUCACUCUGCCCCUCCCCUUCUGCCCCCUAUAGCUGCUCUGUCUGGCACUGAGGCAGAGGAGGACGGAAAGUGGGAAUUGGGCUUUGAUGUUAGGGGAAAAAAAUGUAAUAAAACUAUGUAAUGGACGCUA